AUGUCACAACGACUGCCUAUGAAUGGAAACAUGUACUGGAUUGCGACCAACACCAAGACAGAAAUCUUCAUCCAAAGUUUUGAUAUUUCCACAGAGACGUUCAAGCCCAUAUGCUGCAACGUCCCCAUUGCAAACGAAUUGUUUAAUGGGCCAUUUCAUGUUCAAGUAGUCUUGUCAGGUUUCAAAGGAGAUAGGCUUUCUUUAUUAAAUCAACUUCAUAGACAUGAUGGUGGCAUUGAGGUUUGGGUUACAAACAAGGUGACCGAUGAGGUUGUCUCGUGGAGCAAGUAUUUUAACGUGACUCGCCCUGGUCUCCCUGAAUUAGAAUUCAGAUACCAUCAUCGCACUUUACUGACAUACUUUAUCCACAACAAGACCAAUAAUAUCAUGUUGUGCUGCGAGGAAGACGAUGCCAAGGAGAGAUACGUCAACAUUUACGAGAUUGGCGAGGUCAAGCUUGCUGUGAAGGAUAGUAUCCAACAUCGAAACAGCUUCAACGAUAUGCUUGCUCCAAGUCUGGUCCCGGUCCACGUGAUCACAUUUGAUGAUUCACAUUGGUAUUUCAAGAGUUGCAUGUUCUUCUCCACUGCGUCUUUGUACUUCCUUGUCUGGUGCGCUCUCGUGCGGAAGCACCAUUUGAAUGCAAAUGCAGUUCCUACGGUGUCUCUGUCCUCGGAGUAA